CAUGUGCUGCAUUGUUUAUCAUUUCAAAACUGUGCACGCUCUCCACCAACAUUUAUAGAAAUUUAUGAAAAUUUCGUUACUUUCCAAAUUCUAGAAAUUUGCAUUCUCCUGAAAUGGCUACAAAAGAAGGCGGCACGGCGAUAUCACCAAAAGAGAAAGAAAAAUUAAAACAAAAGUUAAUGAAUCUCCUGAGGGAACAUGAAUCAAAAAAGAAUAAAAAACAAUCGGAAAGAAAAUUCUUGAAUAAAACUAAUGAGCAACGGCAUGGAAAAGAAGAGGACAUCCAGCAACAGAAGCAACAAGCUUCUUCUAAUCGAGAAGGCUACAAAAAGAAGCAUAAAAAUGCCCCGAGAGUUAAGGGGAAUCAACAACAUAUGGGUGUAGUGUCCAAUGGAAAUACAAAGAUGGCAAAUAAAAAGCUAAAUAAAAAUAACUCCAUGUCCCAGCAAAAUUGUACGAAAAAAGCUGGUGUAGAUGCGAAACCAAAAAAAGUGACAAAUGGUGGUACCAAAGACAAACCUUUGAAACCAGACGUAAGGCAAAAAAGUAGUGAAAAUAGCAAGAAAAAGGCAUUAAAUAAAAAGGGAAACAGUGUACAAAACCCUAAAUCCAUACCAGAAGCCAUUAAUACAGAGAAAACGUCAGUGGUUAAUGGCCCAAAAAGUAAGAAACAAAAAGGAAAGAAAGUUGAACCUGAGGAUACGUUGGGUUUAGCUCAGAAGAAAAAUUCUCCAAAAGCCGGUAGUCAAAAAAAUUCUACCAAAGGCCAAAACAAACUUAAGAAUGUCAAUAUGACUAAACUGGAAAAGGAGACAACAACAAAUAAUAUUGAACAAAAUAAAUUGUUCCGCUCUGAAGAUACAUUACCAAAUAGCCAACCAAAAAGCAAGAAAAGUAAUAAACUCACAACUAAUCUUAAAAAGACUGAUACCUCCGUAGGAGACAAGAAUUCUAAAGUUCCUCUCAAAGAAAACUCCAAACCAGCAAAAGAAAGUAAAAAUAAAAAGAACAAGCAAAAGUCUCAAAAUUCCACCAAUGUCAAUGGAACGAAUAGCUUGAACAUCAAAAAUCAGCAAAAUAAGGCAAAGAAACGUGUAGCGACUGAGACGGCAAAUACCACAAAUGUCUCUAAAAAACCAAAACUGACCGACGAAAAACCACAAGUACCUGUGGAAAGCAAAUCUAAGAAAUCUAAAAAGAACAACCCUUCUCAAGGGAAAACAAAUUCUUCAACUGAAAGCAAAAAAUUGGAUACAAGCAACAUGCCCGGCUUUGUCAAGGGUGGGGAUUUCGAUUCAAAAUAUGGUGACUAUUCCGGUGAUGCAUAUUGGCAACAACAGUAUGCCAAUAACUUUGAAGAUUCCGAAGAUGAUUUUGGUGAUCAUCAACAAAAUAAUCAAGAGGUGGAAACCUAUAAUGGUUAUGGGGAAUCGGAUGACUCCGAUGAAGAUGAUCCCUACAACUAUAGUGAUAUUGAUGACUCGGAUGAAGAUAGUGAUGACAAUGAUCCCUACAAUUAUAGUGAUAUUGAUGAAAACGAUGAAAAUUCCUACAAUUAUGGUGUUACAGGUGAUUCCGACGAUGAUUCAUAUGAUGAUAAUGAUCCAUAUGAUUAUAGUGAUUUAGAUGAUGAAGAUGACGAAGAGGAGGAACGCUAUUCAGAUUUUGAUGAAGACGACUACGAAGAAGAUGAAGAUAGUUAUGAUUAUUCAGACAGUGAAAAUUCUUCAAAUUAUGAUGAAGAUGAUGCUGAAGAUGCCGACAAGUCUUAUGAUUUUGAGGAUGAAGAAAAUGAUGAAGACUAUAAAUUACCAGAAGAUGUACCCGAAGACUUGAUUGUCCAUUCAGGAACUGCAACCAAGAGGGACAUACAACCUGAGGACAAUGUGGUAUUUAAGGAUAAAAAAUAUUGCCAAAUUAUAGAAUUAAAGAGCCAAACAACAGUGAAAACAAUACAGCAGCCAGAAGGCUAUAAAAAGGAAGAAUUACUAAAAUUAAAAUACAAAGAGAAUCACAUUGCAAAGAUAGAACCGCCAGCAUUGUCAUCUGGUACAAAAGAUGUCGACAUAGAAGUUGAAGAUAAAAAUGACGAUUGCCCAAAACUGGUGCCAAUUAUUGAUGAGGAUGAUUUUCAACUUUACAAUCCCAAGGAGGAUGAAGAAGAAACUUUGGAUGAGGAAUCUUUAGAUGAUGAAGAGCAGGAUGCCUAUGAAUAUGACGACGAUGAUUCAAUGGAAAAUGUAAGCCUGGGCAGUGAAUAUACUGAACUUGAUUCAGAUGAGGCCGAUUCUUUAAUGUCUGAAGAUAUUAAUGAAAAAUAUUUGAAUAGAAAUGCCAAUGAUUAUGGCAGCAGUGACGACGAUGAUGAACGUAUGCAUUCUAUGCAAACUGUGGAUAUCAUAAAUGCUACCAAGUGCAAAUAUGCUGCAGAUGAAAGUGAUGGAAAUUUGAAACAAGAAAUGGAUGUAAAUGAUGACGACGCUGAAAAGGGAGUGACGCCUUCACAAAUUUUAAACAAACACAUUAUGGUUGGUAGCAAAGCUGUAGUUGUAAGCAUUCCAAUUGCCGACAAGGCAAAAGAAGAAGAAAAAGAACAGUUGAACGCGGAGAAUGACUCGUUGAAUGCCAACCCAAAUGUUCAAGCAGAAAAAGAAAUUGGGACAAUAUUGAAAUCCAACACAUCUUCCAAUUUGCUUCUAAAUGACGGUGAAAAUAAUGAUGAAACAUCAACUAGCCAUGAUGAGAAACCAACAGAUCAAGUCGAUGGAGAUGAGAAUACCUCCCGCGAAGCAACAACUACACGUGCCAAAAUUCAACAUCAAAAUCUAACGGAUUACGAUACAAUAUUUUGUAAUGCCAUUAAUGCCAAUUUGGUAUUGGUUCUUGUGAAAGACCCCUUCUAUAUUUAUGGUACUGUACGUCUAACAUUGUUGGCUGGUCAAGUUGACGUCUACGGCCAUUCGCUUAGCCUCAAUAAAGAAAUUGAGCUAUUUUCUCCACGUGGUUGCAGUGUGAUAGAAAUUUCCUCCCACACUAGUGCGGCAAAAUCAUCACAAAACAACCUUAAGCAGACGUUCAAGAGUUUCGAUAGCAAUUUCCUACGAUCUGAUCUGGAAAGUAUCAUUAAAGGCUAUGAUCCCGCAAAAGAUGCUGUGGUUUUAUUGAAACGCAACGAUGAAAGACGAAAAGUAGUCAGUCAAUUUAAGAAGUUCAUGAACGAGAAUGUAUUUCCCAAUCUACAAAAUAUAAAUCCGGAUCGACCUCUGUUUAAUUCCGAAUAUCUACUACGUUGCAUUAUAAACACAUCUGCCAUGGAACAGAAAUGUUUGCGUUUAUCCGAUCAAUGGAAACUUCUGGAAGUAAGUCGAAAGUCUCGCAUCCUGUUGGCUGGUGGAAAGGGGGUUGGUAAAUCAACUCUACUACGGUAUCUCAUCAACAAAGAAUUGCAGAGCAAGGAAAAAGUACUCUUAAUUGAUUUGGAUAUUGGUCAACCGGAAAUUUUUGUACCACAGACAGUGUCGUGUGCCGUGGUAACAAAACCUCUAUUGGGACCCGGUUUCUUUUUAAACCAACAGCCCGAAAAGGCAUUCGCAGUUGGCCACACAAACAUUGCAUUGUGUGCCCAUCGUUAUAUUGAAGCUGUGCAACAAUUAAUUGAUUAUUGUUUAGCACAAAAUCACCUUCAAGACAUUCCAUGGUUUGUCAAUACCAUGGGCUAUAACAAAGGCUUUGGUUUGGAACUUAUUUCAGUGAUAAUAAAAUCCUUGCCCCUAACUGAUGUUAUCCAACUGCAAAGUAACAAGGCUAUAAAUAACUUUGACACAUUACUCUUCCCCCAAAAUAUUAAUCAAGUACCAUGUAAUAUGUUUAUGGAAUAUAAUGGAAAUCCUGAUGAAGAAUCACCCAUAUUAGAGUAUCGCACACAUGUAUGGCAAACUGCAGUCACACAAGAAUCACGCUAUCAAAAGGAAUGGGAUAUGAGUCCCAAAGAUACGCGGUAUGCCAUGUUGUUGACACGUUUGAGUGUUGCUUUGCAGGGACAUGCAGAAUGGCUUACUGAUUGUAAGCCUUUAAGUGCCCCCUUAGAUCAACUUAAGCUAAUCAAUUUAAUGGAUAAUAAACCACCCUGCUCCCAAGAUGAAUUGGCCAAGGCCAUGGAAGCCAAUCUAGUGUAUCUUUGUCAUGCCGAAAACGAACGUAGUGCUGUAGAAUGUUUGGGAAUUGGUGUUGUCCGAGCAAUUGACUAUCAUGUGCGACAAGUAUAUCUCAUUCCGGCAAUUUUCACUCCGCUACUAAAGCAUGUCAACUGUUUGGCACUGGGCGAUAUGCCUUUGCCCAGUUCAAUGCUAACCAAUCAAGGUUCUCGCAUCAAUAAAACAGCACCAUUUGUCUAUAAUACCGUAGAAGCCAAUGCCUCCAAGGCGAUUAAACAAAUAUACCAUAGACCUAAGUUGUUCCUUAGUGGCAAGCAUAAAUCCCUAGACUAAGUGAAUUCCAGUGUUUAGUCCUAGUAGUUUAUUUUUGUUACUGAAAUAGAAAAGAAACUGAAGAA